AUGGCAAUGAUAGAUAAUAAAACACUAUGUUUUAAAUGUAAUAAAAAUAAAAUAACAUAUCCUUGUGAAGGAUGUUCACAGUACUUUUGUUUAAUGGAUUUAACAGAACAUCGUCAAAUAUUAAAUGAUGAACUAAAUCAUAUUAUCAAUGAUUAUGAUCAAUUUAAAACAAGAUUUAAUGAACAAAAACCGAAUUCAGAUGAUCUUUCUCUAAUAAAUCAAAUUAAUCAAUGGGAAAUAAAUUCAAUUGAGAAAAUUAAACAAAAAGCAAAAGAUUGCAUAGAAAUUGUCAUUAAAUCUUCACAAACAUUUUUGAACGAUAUUGAAAGGGAAUUUAAUGAUUUAAAUGAACAAAUAGAACAAAUUCAAAAAGAAAAUGAAUUUAAUGAAAUUAAUUUAGAAUAUUUAAGAAAUCAAUUAAUGAAAAUGACACAAGAAUUAAAUCAUCCAUCAAGUAUUUCUAUUCAACAAACUUCACAACCGUUUAUUAAUGAUAUUUCAAUCAUUUUAUCAAAAACACUAAAAUUCAACAAAUGGAAACAAAAUGCAAUCACCGUGGCUGGUGGAAAUGGACAAGGACAAGAAUUUAAUCAGCUCAAUAGUCCUGUUGGGAUCUUUAUAGAUAAAAAGAAAAAUAUCUUCAUUGCUGAUUCUUAUAAUCAUCGUAUUGUUGAAUGGAAAUGUGAUGCAGAAGAAGGACAAAUCAUUACAGGUGGAAAUGAGCAAGGAAAUCAAAUAGAUCAAUUAAAUCGACCAGCAGAUGUAAUUGUUGAUCAACAAAAUCAUUCGAUCAUCAUUGUUGAUUCUUUGAACAGACGAGUGAUUCAGUUGUUGAAUCAAAAUGCACAAAUUCUAAUUGAUAAUAUUAUUUGUUUGGGCUUGACAAUGGAUAAAUAUGGAUUUCUUUAUGUUUCUGAUUUUUGGAACAAUGAAGUGAGACGAUGGAAAAUGGGAGAAUACAACAACGAAGGAAUUAUAGUAGCUGGUGGAAAUGGCAGAGGAAAUCAACAUAAUCAACUCAAUCGUCCUACUUCUAUCUUUGUUGAUGACGAUCAAUCUGUUUAUGUAUCAGAUUUGCUCAAUCAUCGUGUAAUGAAAUGGAGAAAAGAUGCAAAAGAAGGAAGAAUUGUGGCUGGAGGAAAUGGUCAAGGAAGAAAUUUCAGUCAAUUGUCAGGACCUCGAGGAGUAGUUGUUCAUGAUUUGGAUCAAAUUUAUGUGGCGGAUAGUGGAAAUGAUCGAGUAAUGCUUUGGUGCGAAGGAAACGAAGAAGGUGAAAUUGUUGUUGGCGGGAAUGGUCAGGGAAAUCAAUCAAAUCAAUUGAAUCAUCCUAGUGGUUUAUUUUUUGACGAUGAAAGAAAUCUUUAUGUUGCUGAUGAAUUGAAUCAUCGACUAGAAAAGUUUGAAAUAGUUCUGUGA